AUGGGGACCCUCAGCUGUGACCCCGCUCCACAGCUGACCACAGCGCCCCUGGGCCGGCGGGCCACAGAGUGCCAGAUUCCAGAGACCGGCCUGAGGAAGACCUGCGGGGUGGCCACCUUGGAGAACGGCUCUGGGCCGGGCUUGUACGCCCUGCCAUCCACAGUCGGCUACAUCAACCAUGACUGCACCAGGGUCGCCAGUCCUGCCUACUCACUCCUCCGCAGACCCAGUGAGGCAUCUCCACAGGACACCAGCCCUGGGCCAGUCUACUUCCUGGACCCAAAAGUCACCCGGUUUGGUCGAAGCUGCACCCCUGCUUACUCCAUACAGGGCCGGGGCAAGUCUCGGGGUCUGGAGGUGACCCCCGGCCCUGGGGCCUACAGCCCAGAGAAGGUGGCCCCUGUGCGCCAGCGGACCCCUCCAGCUUUCACCCUGGGCUCCCGCCUGCGUCCACAGCCUCUGGACACCUCAGUCCCUGCCCCCAAUGCCUACACCUUGCCCUCUCUCUGGGGCGCCCAGAUUUUCAUCAAGCCCAGCAGCCCCAGUUACACCGUGGUGGGCCGCACACCCCCCGCCCGCCCUGCACAAGACCCCGCUGAAAUACCAGGCCCGGGCCAGUAUGACAGCCCAGAUCCCAACACCUACCGUCAGCGCCGACCCGCCUUCACCAUGCUGGGGCGGCCCCGUGCCCCGCGCCCCCCGGAUGAGACGCCUGGCCCUGGCACCCACAGCCCCGAGCAGGUCACCAUUACCAAAGCCAGGGCCCCGGCGUUCACCAUGGGCAUCCGACACUCCAAACGGGCCUCCACCAUGGCCCCAGACACAACACCCUGA